CGUGCGGCGUGACGCAGGUGGGGGCGUGCCCGUGCCGCGCGCUCCGCCUGGCCGCUUGUUUUCCAGCAGAGAGGCGAGAAGAUGGCGGCCGUGUCGAGCGGCGGUGUAGCCGGAUCUACUCCGGCCGGGAUCAGUCACCCGAACCGAACCGCCCCGGCAGUGAUGGUUAACCAGAACCGGGCUCCCCCUUCCAACAGGAUCAACAACCACAACCGAGCCCCACAGACCGCCGGGAUUAAUAACCCCAGCCACCUUCCCCCGAGCCGGGCCCCGCUAGCCCGAGUUGGAUACUAUGAGAUCGAGAGGACUAUCGGCAAGGGGAACUUCGCAGUGGUCAAGCUGGCAACACACAUGAUUACCAAGGCCAAGGUGGCCAUUAAGAUUGUUGACAAGACGCAGCUGGAUGAUGAGAACCUGAAGAAGAUCUUCAGAGAGGUUGAGAUCAUGAAGAUGCUGCGACACCCUCACAUCAUCCGACUCUACCAGGUCAUGGAGACGGAACGCAUGAUCUAUCUGGUGACGGAGUACGCCAGCGGCGGGGAGAUAUUCGAUCACCUGGUGGCUCACGGGCGCAUGGCGGAGAAGGAAGCACGCAGGAAGUUCAAGCAGAUUGUGGCGGCGGUGCAUUUCUGUCACUGCAGGAACAUCGUGCACCGCGACCUGAAGGCAGAGAACCUGCUGCUGGACAACAACCUCAACAUGAAGAUCGCAGAUUUUGGGUUCAGUAAUCUGUUCUCUCGAGGCCAGCUCUUGAAGACGUGGUGCGGCAGCCCCCCCUACGCGGCCCCUGAGCUCUUUGAGGGCAAGGAGUACGACGGGCCCAAAGUGGACAUCUGGAGUCUCGGAGUGGUGCUCUAUGUGCUGGUGUGUGGUGCCCUGCCCUUCGAUGGCAGCACUCUGCAGAACCUGCGUGCCCGAGUGCUGAGCGGCAAGUUCCGCAUCCCCUUCUUCAUGUCCACAGAGUGCGAGUACCUGAUCAGGCACAUGUUGGUUCUGGACCCUAGCAAGCGUCUCACAAUGGAGCAGAUCUGCCGCCACAAGUGGGUGAAGCUGGGAGACCCUGACCCCGAAUUCGAUAGGCUCAUCGCAGAGUGCCAGCAGUUGAAGACAGAGAGGCAGGCUGAGCCCAUCAAUGACCAGGUGCUGCUGGCCAUGGUAGAGAUGGGACUGGACAGGGAGCGCACACUACAGUCUCUGAGGACAGACGCCUACGAUCACUAUAGCGCCAUCUACAGUUUGCUGUGUGACCGGCUGAAGAGACACAAGACCCUGCACAUCUCUCCUCCCAGCCUGCCUCGAACCAUGGGCUACCCAGCAGCCAGCAUGCAGGCCGAGCAGCCUGGGAACCCCGUCAGCAUCACUGUCCCCCAGGUGCAGCUCAUCAAUCCAGACAAUCAGAUUGUGGAGACGGACGGCACGAUGACUCUGGACAGUGACGAUGGGGAGGAGCCGUCUCCGGAGGCCAUGGCGCGGUACCUGUCCAUGCGCCGGCACACUGUGGGCGUGGCAGACCCGCGAACGGAGAUGGCCGAGGAGCUCCAGAAGCUGGUCCCAGGCUUCCCCCGCUUGGCCCCCCAGGCCCCGUUCAUGCCUCUGGCCCCCAAUGUGAAUUUCAUGCAGAACCUGAUGCCCAUGCAAAACAUGCAGCAUGCUGCCCAGCUGGAGUACAAGGAGCAGUCUCUCCUGCAGCCCCCCACUCUGCAGCUCCUCAAUGGGAUGGGCCCUCUCGGCCGCAGGGCCUCUGACGGAGGAGCCAACAUCCAGCUCCAUGCCCAGCAGCUGCUGAAGAAACCCAGAGGGCAGUCUCCACUGGUGUCCAGCCCGCAUCCAAUCCAAGCUGUCACCCCCGUGGAUGAGGAAGGAUCAGAUGGAGAGCCGGACCAGGAGGCUGUGCAGAGGUACCUGGCGAACCGAUCAAAGCGACACACGCUGGCUAUGACCAAUCCCACUGCUGAGAUCCCCCCAGACAUCCAGAGACAGCUGGGGACCCAGGCAUCACGCCAGAGAGUGUGGGCUCAACACCUACUUGCACCCGAGCAGCACGGCCGGUCAGUCUACAAGGACUGCAACACUCUGCACCUGCCCACUGAACGCUUCUCCCCAGUCAGGCGCUUCUCCGAUGGGGCCGCCUCUAUCCAGGCCUUCAAGGCCCAUCUGGAGAGGAUGGCAACGAACCACAGCAUCAAGCAGCUCCAGCAGGAGUGUGAGCAGCUCCGGAAGAUGUAUGCUGCUUCCCUGGAUGAGCGGCUUCUGGAGCACACCCAGCAUCAGCACAUCCUGUACCAGCAAGAGCAACAUCACCAGAUCCUACACCAGCAAAUGCAGGAAUGCAUUCGCUCCACUCAGCCCUCCCCUCCUCUGCAGGCUAUGUCCAUGGGACAACACGGAGAGAACCAGCCCAGCCUGCUGACACACCAGCUGCAGAGGCUGCGGAUCAAGCCCUCCAGCCCGCCCCCCACCCACCCCAGCAACCACCUCUUCAGGCAGCCCAACCAGAGCCCCCCUCCUGGAAGCACAGGCCUGCUGCAGAGCCACGGAGCCGGCUCUCCCUCCCAGUACCAAGGCAUGCCAUCACACAGCGCUGCUUUGUUCCAGCAGUCCAGUAACACCCCCCCUCCCCCCGGCCUGCCGCGUGUGGGCAUGGCUCCUCCCCCUUCAAACAUGCCCCGUGGUGUUUCCAUGGCGCCGGCCCCUCCCCCGCAGCAGGUGACUAUCCAGGUUCAGGAGGCAGGGGUGCCCUGUGAGGGACCCCCACACCUCCACAUUCAGCAGCAGCAGCAAAGGCAGCAGAGCCUCAUGGCUUCACUGGCAGUCAGCGGGCACCGUGUGCUGGGCAAGCAGCUGAGCGCAGACAGCGCCGAGGCACACAGCAGGAGCCUGGGUCGCUUCUCCUCGUCGACGGGCUAUGACCAGACUCACCUGCACCCUCACCUGUUCCCUGAGAACGCCCGCGCGGUGGCCCAGACCUACAGCCAGGGCACUGGGCCGUUCCUGCAGGCCCCCUCGCUGAAGAUGCCCACCCUGGACCCCUUCCAGAGCUUCCAGCAGCAGCAGCAGCAGCAGCAGCAGCAGGGGCAGGGGGUCUAUGUGGCAGCCUCCGCACUACAGCAGGCUCUGCUCUCUCCCAACCCUCCUGAGUACCGGCCCCAGCAGCACAUCACACACACUCUGCAGGGGCUGCUGUCUCCCCGGCACUCCCUCACUGGGCAAGGGGACCUGCGACUGCCCGCUGCAGACCUGGCACAGCUGCUGAAGAGGCAGGGAGGCAGAGCCCCACAGCAGCAGCGGGACUACAAUGACAUGCUGCUGCUCAGGCACAUGAGCCAGGGGGACGGGGUGGCAGGUAGGGGGUCAGUGGGGGGCUUCCAGCAGUGCCAGGACCCCUCCUCGGCAGCCUCCCCCUUCCACCACCCUAACCCCCACUCCCACCACCUGCUGCAGAUCCAGUCCCAGGACUGCCCCCCUCCCCACGCAGCCUUCUCCUCGGCCGGCCCCCCCUCUCACCCCUCCUCCCUUCAGCACUCGGAGAGCAUGGAGGAGGAGGAGAGCCCCCAGCCCCAGGGCUACCCGGACAGAGCACUGACCAAAGCGGGGUGCCAGGACAGCGCACUGCUGCUGAGUGGGGACUCGGACACACUACUGGGGGCCCCCCUGAACCCCGCGCAGCAGUACGGGGCCCCGAAUCGGCAGGGCUUCGUGCGGGGCGGCUCCAGCAACAGAGAAUCAGUGUCAGGAGAGCGCAUGGACAGGAGGACCCCUGUGCAGGCCAUGGAGAUGCCUGAUCACAAUGGAGUGAGCUACUCGCCCCGCCCUGCCGCCAGCGAGCUUUACAGGACCCGCGGGUCUCUGCAGAGGCACCACACCAUCCAGAACUGCGACGAUGCCUAUGACCAGGUGGAGCCCAUGUCUGGCAUGAGCCUAUUGGCUGGAAAGGCACUUAGCUCCGCCCGCAUGUCUGAUGUCAUCCUCAGCCAAUCAUCUCUCACAGGAAGCCAGCAGCUGCAGAACCCGGAGGAUGAGGAGUGUGGGGAGGACACGGAGGACAGUCAGCAGCUCAACAGCUCCUGCUACCCCUCCUCCUGCACCAGCGACAUGCUUCUGAGCUACAAGCACCCGGACCUGCCCUACAGCAUGGAACAGGCAGGGGUGUAGCUGUGGAGAGGUGGCUCUAGCCUUGAGUUUCUAAAGGUCCAUUUCAGCCAACAGUAUCUAGCAGCAUCACGCCAAACAGCCAUUGUAUUUCUUUUCUUGUGGGAUUUCAUGGCUCCAGUCUGUACGUCAAUCUACAGUGUGUUCUAACUGCCAUGUCUGCCUGCAUCAGCUAUUCAGGAAAUUACAAGAGCGAGAGAGAGAGAGAGAGAAUCAAGGAUUUGAAAUUUAAAAAGGGAAUCCAGACCAAACCCAGGAAUGCACAGACGUCACGUGACAGGAUAUCGGCUCUCCUGAUUGGGCGUGGACGAUUCUGUCCUCCACCCUGAUUGGUGUGGUUGGAUAACCUGCCCUCAGUCAAGUCAGGCCAAGCUGUUAACACCCCGUACCCCCCAGCACACACACACACACACACGGACUUACAAGUACAAACUCACUCACUCACAAUAUUCCACCUACACAUACUGUACUGUCAAAUGCCAAAGUUCAUACAUAUGCACAUGAUUGCUGCCACACACACACAGCACACGCGGAGUCUCAGACACACAGCGCACAGUCACGCUGCUGUCCAGCAGAGGAGGCUGUGUGUGUCGUGAGGAGUCACAGCACUCCUCUGUGCAGCAGUAGCUCUGUUUCCAGGUAGUUCCGGAGGACCUGCUGUUCUUGCUGAGGGAGCCCGAUUGUUCUUCACAUCCGGAUGGCAGCCAGUCCGCGAUGCAUAUCCCUGAAAGGACAGGCACAAUUUCUAAAAUGUCAAGAAUUGUUUUUUUCAGAAGUCUGAGUCAGACCUCUUUUGAUCCCUCUGGGACGCCCAGAUUUCCCAGUUGAUCGCCUAACAGGGGUGCAGUCCGCUUUUUGUGUCCUUCAUUGUCGUUGUCUCCAGUGGAAUUGCAUUGAUCCCAUUUGAUUUCCUUUCAUAAAACCUGCUUAUAGACUUUAUAAAUGUAAAAAACAAAAACAGGCUUUCCUACUUUUUUUUUCUACAGUUUCUUUGCUCGUUUAUGUAGGAAUUAUGAUUCUGAUUAUUAUUAUUAUUAUUAUUAUUAUUAUUAUUGUUAUUAUUACUCUGUUCUGUAAAUGUUAUUAUUCAAAAGGAAGUAUGUGUUUUAAGAAGUAGAUUCUGUUUGAGUUGUAACCUGCACCUGUUGUUCAGAGUAUUUUCCUCUUUGAUGACUGAUCAUUUGUGACUCCUGCUUGUUUUCCUUGUGCCAGUAACAAUGAGUUCAUUCUACCUUUCCACUUAAACAGCGUGCUUUAUAUUUGUAAAGUCAUAAUAUUCUGCUUUUGUUAUUUUAAUGAUACAGUAAUUAUCCCCAAAACACGCGCUUCUGUUUUUUGUUUGAUGUUUGAAGGGGAGGCUGUAAUUAUUUUUCUCUUUAAACUCUAAGUGUACAGACUGAUGCUUUUGAAAGGCCAGUCUUGAGAGUCUUUCUGGAUCUGCACAAUGAAAGACUGGUGUGAUCUCUUCUGUGAUCUGAAGGACUUCUGGGAGUCGAUAAAACUCAGUGAACAUAUCCCCUCCCCUCCCCAGCCUGACAGAGAGGAGACUGCUGUACAGCAAACUCAGUGAACAUAUCCCCUCCCCUCCCCUCCCCAGCCUGACAGAGAGGAGAGCGCUGUACAGCAAACUCAGUGAACAUACCCCCUCCCCUCCCCUCCCCUCCCCAGCCUGACAGAGAGGAGAGCGCUGGACAGCAAACUCAGUGAACAUAUCCCCUCCCCUCCCCAGCCUGACAGAGAGGAGAGCGCUGUACAGCAAACUCAGUGAACAUAUCCCCUCCCCUCCCCAGCCUGACAGAGAGAAGAGCGCUGGACAGCAAACGCAGUGAACAUAUCCCCUCCCCUCCCCUCCCCUCCCCUCCCCUCCCCAGCCUGACAGAGAGGAGAGCGCUGUACAGCAAACCCAGUGAACAUACCCCCUCCCCUCCCCUCCCCUCCCCUCCCCAGCCUGACAGAGAGGAGAGCGCUGUACAGCAAACUCAGUGAACAUAUCCCCUCCCCUCCCCUCCCCAGCCUGACAGAGAGGAGAGCGCUGUACAGCAAACUCAGUGAACAUAUCCCCUCCCCUCCCCAGCCUGACAGAGAGGAGAGCGCUGUACAGCAAACUCAGUGAACAUACCCCCUCCCCUCCCCUCCCCUCCCCAGCCUGACAGAGAGGAGAGCGCUGUACAGCAAACUCAGUGAACAUAUCCCCUCCCCUCCCCAGCCUGACAGAGAGGAGAGCGCUGGACAGCAAACUCAGUGAACAUAUCCCCCUCCUCCCUGGACUGGAUUGUUUAUUAGAGUCCCACACACACUGUAAGUGCUGUACGGGAGUCACGCAGUACAACAGCAGACUAAACCACAGCCUUGUUCAGCAGCCCCCGCAGUGCACCUCCACUCGUCUGCUCCAGCCCUUGCUUUGUAUCUCAGUGCUCAACACAAGCAGUCUGUAUUCAAUGUAUAUUCAGAUUCGUUGCUAGAUUUCUUGUUUUUUUUUUCUUUUUUUCUGAAAUGUUGAAAGUAUUUUAUUUUUAUUUUUUAUUCUCUUUUCAUUUAUGUUGGAUUUAAAAAAAAUAAAUAAGAAAAACAGCAAAAAAAGCAAAAGCGUUUCCAAUGCUGUCUAGUCCGAUGUUUGGAUCACUUUCAAGUCGUCUUUUAGUUGGAAAGUGGGAUCAUGAUGAAUAAAGUGCAAUUCCAACCUCCUCA